GGCACCCGCUCGCCCUUUCGGCCAGGUAACGGCAUCUCUGAGGGGAGAGAGACCAUCAUGGCAGCAGAGGCAGAGCAGGCGGGCGGCUUCCUGGGCCGAGUCCUGUCGUUCACCGAGCGCGCUCCGGCCCUAGAGAUCGGCGGCGGCUGCGGGGCCGGGGCCGAGGCGCGUGUGCUGGUGAUCAACACGGGAGGGACCAUCGGGAUGGUGCCUCAGCCGGAGGGCCUUGCUCCUGAGGCUAACAUGCUCGCAGGGGCCCUGAAGAAGAUCCCAAUUCUUCAUGAUGCAACAUAUGCCAAGGAAACUAAUCUGUAUUCCCGCCUUCACCUUGGAGAUGACACCUUGGUGCUUCCCAUUUCUAGACAAAAUAAAAGAAUUAUCUACACCAUCCUGGAACUUUCUCCACUGCUUGAUUCUUCAAACAUGACUCCUGCUGAAUGGGACAAGAUUGGCAGUCUCCUUGAGACAUACUACGAAAAGUAUGAUGGCUUUGUGAUCCUUCACGGCACAGACACAAUGGCCUAUACAGCCUCAGCAUUGUCCUUCAUGUGUGAGAACCUGGGUAAAACCAUUGUUCUGACAGGAUCUCAGGUACCCAUAUACGAACUGAGAAAUGAUGGUAGAGACAAUCUGCUGGGGUCACUGCUCUUUGCUGGACAAUUUGUAAUCCCUGAGGUGUGCCUGUACUUUCAUAAUAAACUGUACAGGGGAAACCGGGUGACUAAGGUGGAUGCAGAGAGUUUCAAUGCCUUUUCCUCACCUAACCUGCCUUCACUUGCAAAUGCUGAGGUGGAUAUUAUAAUUAACUGGGAGACCGUUUGGAGGGCCAACACUACCAAGAAAUUUGCAAUCCACAAAAUGAACUUCGAUCUGCAUGUUGGCCUACUGAGAAUCUUCCCAGGGAUCACUGCUGAAGCGGUGAAGGCGUUUCUUCAGAGUCCAAUAAAAGGGAUUGUGCUUGAGACCUAUGGAAGUGGGAAUGCCCCCAAUAAUUGCCCUGCUUUGUUGGAAGAGUUGCAGAAAGCAACUGAUCGUGGUGUGGUGAUUCUGAAUUGCACCCAGUGUCUGCGAGGAAGUGUUUCUUUAGUCUAUGAAACAGGAAAGACCCUUAUGGAUGCAGGUGUAAUUCCAGGGGGAGAUAUGACACCUGAAGCUGCUCUUACCAAGCUGGCCUAUGUCCUGAGCAAACCUGGUACCUUGGCUGAGAAGAGAGAGAUGGUGAAGGAGAAUCUGAGAGGAGAAAUGACUGUUGUGCCCAUUGGAACAAAGAUCACCCUCAAAGAUAGCAAGUUUAUUCAAGAGAUUGCAAAAUACCUGUUUAUCAGCUGCAAGGAGGAGCUAGCAGCUGUUAGAGAUGCUUUGACUCCUCCUUUGGCCUGUGCAGCGGCAAAAAAUGGUGACAUCGAUGCCCUAAAAGCCUUACAGAAUAUGGGUGGCAACUUGAGCUCUGAGGAUUAUGAUGGUCGUACACCUCUUCACGUUGCAUCCUGUGAAGGUAAUUUGGAGAUAGUCAGACAUCUGCUGGAGUCUGGGGCAACUGUCUACGCCAAAGACCGAUUUGGAGCUACUCCACUGCUGAAUGCUAUCAAGUUCAGGCACCACGAUGUGAUCCGCUUGCUGCGCACAACAGGAGCUCACCUUUCAAGCCAAGAGCUUGUGAAUGUUGGAACAGAACUCUGCAGUCUUGCUUUUAAUGGAGAUGUUGAAGGACUAAAGGCCUGGCAUCUGGCUGGUGUGGAUCUCAAACAGCCUGGUUAUGAUGGGAGCACUCCAUAUGCUGUGGCAAGAGCUGCAACUCGUGUGAAAGUCAUGGAGUUUUUAUGUCAGCUGGAGGCCUAAUUUGAUACUUGGAACUUCCUUGAGGCAAGAUGGGGAGGAAAGGCACACAUCGCUGCAAGCAACACAGAUAACAUUUGAAGAAUGCAAGCUUAUGCUCACUGUUUUUAGUAAAGAGAGUCUAUUUUCUUAUUUUUUUUAAAAAAGAAAAAACUAAUGCUUAGCAAAGGACAUUGCAAUACUUCAGACUCGGUGCUCAUACUAGCAUAUUGAAUCUAUUUGUGUUUUCAGGAAGGAAUGUGUGAUGAUGAAACAAACAGCUGUUCUCAAACCACAUAUGAAAUUGUCUUAUAGCAAGUCAGGCCAUGGGCUCAGUGGUGGCAUCGUCUGCAGUGAGUAGACACAGCUUUGCAGGGUACCAGGCAGAAAUCUUGCCCAGACUUGCUAUCAGAUAUUAUUUUAACUUCAGUUGCUGAUGAUUGGACCUGAGACCUUGUGCAAGCAAAGCAAGGUGGCGCAUGACUCAGGACAGGAGCUUCUUCACAGAAAUCUAGACACAGAAAUCAAGUUUCACAUUUCGGCACGGGCUACUGUUUUUCAAAAGAUGAGAUAAUCGGGAACUUCAGAGAGAAACAUCAUUUUUUAAAACCAAUCUUCUGAUUUGCUGCGUACUGCAUUAGAAAUUAGUGCUGUGGUCCAUGGGGUCACGAAGAGUCGGACACGACUAAACGACUAAACAACAACAAGCAUUAGAAACCUGGUAUUAGCUUUCCUCUCAAAUUAAGGGACACACACACACACACACACACACACACACACACCAGAUUGCUUGAGAGAAUUGUGGGACUUCCAGAGGGGGGGAAAUCUUUAAAAUCUAGAGAGGCAGCCCUCUCAAAAUAUAGUAUUUCACAAGAAAUGACAGGAUAGAUAUGGAUUAUGGCUAACACCAUGAAACCAGUGAUGGGGGUGUACAGGUUGCAGAGUAGACAGGAGUGUGAUGCACAGCCCCAGAAUGUGCUCAGUCACAACAGGAUAUUGAGUGUUGGUUGGAGGAGAAAAGCAUAAAACCCGGGAGCAUGGCCAGCUGGCCCCCUAAAGCAGAGGACUCCUGUUUGGAGAUGAGGAUACACUCCAGCUGGGAUGGGUAACCUGUGGCCCUCCAGAUGUUGCAGGAAAACAACUCCCAUCAUCUUCGACUCUUGGCCAUUGUGGCCGGAGCUGAUGGAAUGCCUUCCCAUCAGAUGUCAAGGAGAUAAGUAACUCUACAACCUUUAGAAGAAAUGUGAAGGCAGCCUUGUAUAGGGGAGUUUUUUUAAAAAAAAUGUUUAAUGUUUGAUUAUGUUUGUUGAAAGCUGCCCAGAGUAGCUGGGGCAACCCAGUCAGAUGGGCAGGGUACUAAAAAUAAUAAUUAUAAUAAUUAUUAAGGGAUCUGCAGUACAGCAACGUUUGGAGAGCGACAGGUCCCCUUCCCCCCUCCCCAUGCUACAACAUUUUGUUGAACGUCAUGACUUGGAGGGUCCCACUUGCGGUGGUGGUAAAAUCUUGGUAAUUUGCAAGGAAGUCAAAAUAAUGCCAAAAUUUGAAAACAUAUUUUUGUGCCUCUUGCCUAAAGAGAAAUCUGAGGAAUAUUUGAAGGAGGAUAUUCAGGGAAGAAAAUACAUGUAGGUAUUUUGAGAGUAAAGAUUGAGGGCACUAGGAGAAGGGGACGACAGAGGAUGAGAUGGUUGGACAGUGUUCUCGAAGCUACGACCCUGAGUUUGACCAAACUGCAGGAGGCAGUGCAAGACAGGAGUGCCUGGCGUGCUAUGGUCCAUGGGGUCACGAAGAGUCGGAAACGACUAGUAGUCAACAACAACAAUAAUCGCUUUUGAUAAGAUUUGUGAUACCAUACUUGUCAGGGGGGCUUUUUGCAUCUCUGUUUCUGCUGCCAGCACAUUAGACUUCCCCCCACCACUGUGUGUUGUGGGGCUUACUGUGGAAAUAAUCACGAUCUCUUUGCUGUGCCUUUCAAUAAAAUAUCUGAAAAA